UGCAGCUUUUCAUAGGAGAAAUCAAAACAAGAUCACGAGAAGCCUGAAAACCAAAGCCUGAAAUGAAGUGUUCAACCACCAAAGUUUCCCCAGCAAAUGUAAACAACUCAGCAAGAAAAGCCCUGGUAAAAUCUUCCAGGUUGAGAAAAUCCCAAAAGAAGGCCAAAGAAAUUUGCCAGAUGUACUUUAUGCAGCUACGCUCAGGCCUUACCAUAGAAAAGGCCUGUUACUUUAGGGAAAAAACCACCAAAAGGAGUUCACCAAAAACAGCUGGAGAUUACAAAAAGCUGGUCUUCACUGCCUAUCAGAAUGGCCUGGAAGACCUUGGACCAUCUGCAGCCUUCACCUUUACUGGAACAAUCAAUGGUUCAAGUAUCCUAGAACGUUCUGUUUCCUUGAGCACAUACAACGAUCAAUCCAUUACUUUUGUUUUUGCGGAUGGAGGUUAUGAGAUCUAUGUUGAAGAAUUGAGGAAAAAACAAGAGACAGACAAGGUGUUAUUCCGUUACUAUGAUUCACAAUCACCUGCAAGUGAAACAGGUGAUAGUGUUGAUGGUCAGAAAUUAAUGGUAAGCCUGAGUCCUACAAAAGACAAAGACUUCUUGCUGCAUGCCAACAACAAGGAGGACUCUGUGGAGCUACAAAAAUGUGAAAACCCGUUGCCAGACCAGACUUUCUUUUUUCUUCAUACAGAGCCUGGGCCCUCCACAUGUGUUUCAUUUGAAUGCAAGAGCAAUCCUGGAGUGUUUAUUGGAGUAAAGGAUAACCAUCUUGCUCUAAUUAAAUUAAAGGACCAAACUGAGCAUUCAAGAAGAGAGAAUAUCAAAUUUAAGCUCUCUUAAACUUAAUGUGUUAGAAAGCUGUGAAUCCUGGGUUGAGUAGCCCAAAUAGCUACCACUGAAGAGACUGUCAAAAAAAAAAAAAAAAGAGAGACAGAUAACACUUAAGGAAAAUAGAGAGUGCUUAGCAUGCUGUGGAAUGUUUUUUCUCAUUAUGCUAAAAUUAUAUAUUUUUUGUAAUCCUCAGUUUUUUAUUUCGCACUGUAUCACUGCAUAUUCAAUGCAAGUAUUGGUAUAUUAAAUAGGGUAUUGGUAAAGCAA